AUGGCGAAUAGGAUCAUCCCCAUGGAGGCCGUUGCGAGUCAGCGCAAGCUGGUCGGCGGAUGGCGGCCGCGGAAGGGGAAAUACCUCCUGGCGCUCUGCACCACUGGGCGACUGACCAAUCAGGUACCGGGGGAAAAAGAGGCUGACAAAUCAGAGCAGCAGGAGUGCAUGAUGACCUACUUCAUCUUCGCCGUCCUCUUAAACCGCACGCUCCUCAUCCCGCCACUCGCCGUCGCGCAGCACACCGGCCUCAACCUAAUCUGGCCCUGGGCCGCCGUCUUUAAUCUCCCCAGACUGCAUACCUGCCUCUCGCCCUCCUACGGCCCCCUCACCACGCUCCUACUACCGGACUACCUCUCCCGCUCCCACUCCGCCCAUGCUUACGUGGCACACCUUAUCUGCCUCAAGCCCACGUGUAAUCAUGAGUGGACGCUGCGAGUGCUGCUGCGGGAGGUGCCUGAGAUCAAGCUAGCGGACAAGAAAGGCCGCCCGGUAGCGGUGAAUCAGAGCUUGGUGGAUAGGAUGGGGAAGGUGCGGCUUGAGAAGCUUCUAGAAGCUGUAGAGGUGGUGGAAGGGGAGGAGGAGAGGGCGGAGGCGGAGGAGGGGGGAAGAGUGGCGGAGGGGGAGGCUGCAGCAGCAGGAGAAAGUGGUGGAGAGCAAACAGCAAUGCGGAGACGGCUGAAUGAGGCGGGCAGUGGAGCAGAGGAGACAGGUGCGCAGACACACGAAGACUGCAGCAACUUGUGGCGGCCGCAUGCAGCAGUGAUGGAGUUUGUGGAUGGCUUCAUUGCAUCGCACCUCCCAUCUCCCUUCAUGGCUGUGCACCUCAGGCGGGGUGAUUUCUCCGGCCACCUAAAGAAGCAGAGCUACAAGCGGCACGUGUUCCUGCCCAUAGCAGCGGUGGGAGAGUUCAUUCUCUCCCGCGCCGCUGCUGCCAACCUGCACACGGUGCUGCUGGCCUCUGAUGGCACCGAGGCUGAAGUGGCCGCACUCUCGCAAAUACUCACAGCCAGCAACACCACGAGGCUAGUCACACUACACGAGAGCCGCUUCGCAUGGGCCGACACACACAAUGAGCCCUGGGGGCGGGCGCUGUUGGCUCUCGAGCAGAGCCUGCCGGAGGGGGGAGGCAAGGGGGUGGUGCGGGCACUGGCAGAGAAGUACGUGUGCGCGCGCGCUCACGUGUUCUACGGCACGGUCUACUCCACCUUCUCCACGGAUGUUAUCAGGAUCCGGGCAGCGGAAGGGGUGGCAAACUGCAUGGACGGGAAGGUGGGGGAGGAGGGUUAG